AUGGACCGCGUAGAGGAGACGCCAGGUCCGGAAGCGCCAGAGGCAGCAGGCCCGAGUUCGUCCCGCCUGCAGCCUCCGCCGUCUCGUCCCCCCAACCACCGCAGGCCCAGCAUCCGGAUACGCCAUUCUGCGGCAUCUUUGGGCGGAGAGCCCAUAGCGCGGACUACGAGCCUCGACCCUGAGCCUGCGAGGCGUCCCGACGACGAUGUGGUUGCCUCGAGACGGAGAAGCAGCUCGGAGCCCCAGCGCCCGAACUUCGGCAACGAUGGCGCUGUUGAUUAUAUGCCUAUGACGACGCUGGCGGAAGAAGUGCCACCGCCGAUUGAAACUGGACGUGGAAGAUGGAGAUCUGCCAGUGCCUCGGCGAUGUCCUCGUUACGGCUUGCAAAAACAGGCCAGCUGAAGAACGAUGGCAAGGAAUACGAUUCGAGGGUAGUCAAUUUGCUUGACGUCGUCGAUCCUGAAGUAUCGACCCUUACAACCCUGACAAAUGUACAGAACUCGCUGUUUGUGCCGGACCUAGGACGGUUUAUAAACCGCCAGCCUACCUACAACCUUACACGACCUCGAAGUGAAUCCGUGGAGUCAAUAAUAUCGACGGUUGAAGAAGAAGAGGAGGAGGAGGAAGAGGAAACGACAACUUCGGAUACAGAGGAACCACCCAGAGCCAAACGAACGGCAACAAUCACGUCGAACCUCAGCGUCUCCCGGUUUGCUGUCUUGCCGGAGGGCACCACUCUCGAAGGCUGGGAUCCGUCGGAUAAGUGGGAAAUCAAUGACCAUGUCAGGCACAUGCUACACUCCCGGAGGUCGAAAUUCAAGCGUGGAAUGAAAGGGUUCUGGCAGUAUCUGCACAAGCCUCUUGGGUUCCUUGUUACUCUGUAUGCAACUUUGAUUACUCUUUUUGGCCUCGCUUGGGUGUUGUUCUUAAUCGGUUGGAUCUACGUUGGUGACCGCCAGUUAUAUGUUAUCAACGUUAUAGACAAUGUCCUUGUUGCCCUCUUCGCCGUGGUUGGUGAUGGUCUGGCUCCAUUCAGAGCCGUAGAUACCUACCACAUGAUUUAUAUCGCCUACUACCAUCGGCUAACCUGGCGACUUCGCCGGAAACAAGAUCUUCCAAAGCUCAAAAACCCGAAUGACCUUCCGGAAGCCCCGCUGGAGGAUGCAAUAAGAUCUGCUGCCGAGGAAAACGAGGUCGAUAUUGAAAUGGCAGCCAGAGACGUUAUGACGAACGAUAAAGAGGCUGAAUACUCGGUCUUGAGCCCCGAGCAACAGAAGAAACUAACACACCAUUCAAACAAAUUCGCCAAAUCCCACACAUUCUAUAAGCCUCACGAGACAACCACUCAUCACGCCUUUCCUGUCCGGAUGCUCAUUGCCGUCGUUAUAUUGUUGGACUUUCACUCUAUUUUCCAAAUAACCCUGGGCGCAUGUACGUGGGGUAUUGACUACCGAGUACGCCCAGCCGCCUUAACGACUACUAUCCUUUGCUUAUCUAUAUCCUGCAACAUUGCAUCUGGAAUCGUCAUUAUGGUCGGUGAUCGGAUGACGAGGAAGAAAGAGGUGAUUGAGAAGAUGUUGAGACAAGAGCUCACUCAGGAGGCAAUCAAGAAAGUUGAGAAGAAGAAGAAGAGGAAGAGGAAAGAGAAGAAGGAGCUGCAGGAAAAGGCCGCUGCGAAUUGUAUACAUGAAGAAGAUGAAAAGGAGGAUAAGAUCGAAUCUUCUGCUGAUAUUGAGAAGCAUAAACCGCUGGCGGGAUGA